GAUCAUCAUGUUUGGCUUUUUUGAACAGCCAGUGCGAAACUCAGAGCCAAGUCCUCUUUUGCAAACAGCCGAGGGAGGAACUGGGUCCCAAAGAGCCUGUCUUGUGGAGACAGAUCCAUGAGAAGUGGCUUCAGAUCCAUUUCAUGGUCUUGCUGGUUGUGCAACUGGUCACUUACUUGGGUCCAUGGAAGGAUGCAAAGGGUCAGAGCUGCGAAUGGAGGCAGGAAAGGCAACGUGCUUCAAGGAAUUUUUCUAACAACCAACAAGUGCCGUUUUCAGAGCUUUUUUCCUCCGCAGACCCUUCUGAUUUUUGAGUGCUGUAUUUCUGGAUGUGGGUAGAGGAAAUGGUUCUGAGGACUGGAGAACAGAGCCUCCCCACUGGCACGGCCUGGGAGUGCCCCCUGGGACAAGGAGAGGACAGGGCGGUCAGGCAAAGGUUAGGGAGGAAAGCAGAAGCAGAGGCCCAGAACGGCCCCAGGAAGUGUUUGUAUUUCUCCUCUGGGAGGGAAGACAAACAAGCUUUUCUCCUGCCUUCUGGGCAGCUCUGCGCGCUCUCCAGCACAGAGUGAGUCUGAGGAGAAGGCGUGAGGCUGCAAACAAGAACCAUUCUGGGGCUGGACCCCACAACUCCCCUCCAGUAUGAAUCGCAUCGGAGCUGCCAGAUGCUUCCCAGAAAUGAUCACUUGGGCGUAAUUUCAUGAGUUUCAAAGCCUGGAGGUGCUCCAGGCUUCGGCUCCCAGGGACACAGGCAGCUUGUGACCCAGGCUCCAGAGAAAGGACUUCCCUGAAUCACUCGUUUCCCAGCUGAAGUUGCUGUUCUCCGUGGAGCGCCUGCAUCCACCCACACGUGCAGCACCUGCAUCCUGGAGUGAAGAAGUUGGUAGAACAGCAGCUGUGUGAGCAGUAGCAUUCAGAUAAGCAUCUGUGUCUUUGCGGGGACUCUACAGCCUGGCACACAGAGCACUUGUCCUGUGUCCACUAUGGACAACGAGUCGUGCUGCCUCAUCGAGGGGGACCCCAUCCCUCAGGUGAUGCCACCACUGCUGAUCCUGGCCUUUGUUCUUGGCGCCCUGGGCAAUGGCAUUGCCCUGUAUGGUUUCUGCUUUCACAUGAAGACCUGGAAGCCGAGCACUAUUUACCUUUUCAACUUGGCAGUGGCCGACUUCCUUCUCAUGGUCUGCCUGCCCUUUCGGACAGACUAUUACCUCAGGCAUAGACAGUGGGCCUUUGAGGAUAUUCCCUGUCGGGUGGUGCUCUUCAUGAUGGCCACGAACAGGGCUGGGAGCAUCGUCUUCCUCACGGUGGUGGCUGUGGACAGGUAUUUCAAAGUGGUCCACCCCCACCAUAUGAUGAACACCAUCUCCAACCGGACUGCGGCUGGCAUCGUCUGUGCCCUUUGGACCAUGAUCAUCCUGGGGACUCUGUAUCUUUUGAUGGAGAAACAUCUGUGUGUGCAAGGGGAGACUGUAUCUUGUGAGAGCUUCAUCAUGGAGUCAGCCAAUGGCUGGCACGACGUCAUGUUUCAGCUGGAAUUCUUCCUGCCCCUCGGCAUCAUCUUGUUUUGCUCCUUCAAGAUUAUUUGGAGCCUGAAGCAGAGACAGCACCUAGCCAGGCAGACGCGGAUGAAGAAGGCCACCCGGUUCAUCAUGGUGGUGGCAGCGGUAUUUGUCACGUGCUACCUGCCCAGCGUGUCAGCCAGACUGUACUUCCUCUGGACGGUGCCCUUGAGCGCCUGCGAUCCGUCUGUCCACAUAGCCCUCCACGUUACCCUGAGCUUCACCUACAUGAACAGCAUGCUGGACCCCCUGGUGUAUUAUUUUUCAAGUCCUUUGUUCCCCAAAUUCUACGCCAAGCUCAAAAUCGGCAGUCUGAGACCCAAGCGUCCAGGACGCUCCAAGACACGGCGGCCGGAAGAGAUGCCAGUUUCGAGCCUCUGUCACAGGAGUUGCACCAGUGUAACAAAUAGCUUCCAAAGCUAGCCUGAUGUCCAGUGGGAUCUCCAAACGUGCUGAAUGGCACUAAAAAAGGCAGACACACUAAAGCGAGGAGGACAGAUUGGCGACUUGGAAAGAAUUUGUGCUAAGGGGGAGGGGCUUUGAAAAUGCCACCCUUUCUUAGCUGUAUCCUCCUCACUGUUGGAUGUGAAACUCAGGUUACUGUGCCUUUUUGAAAGGUUCCAAUUGAGAAGUGAGUAGGUUGCAUUUAUAUAAUCUGAUUACAAUGACGGGGAUGAUAUAUGCACGGAGUGGGGCAUGUAUGUGUUGGGGCGGGGGGUUAGGAAGAGCUCGGCUCCUGUGUAAUUUUGAACAGCUGAGUAAAUACAUACCAAUGUUUAAACCAGUUAUGUUCUCUCUCUGGGGAAGUUAGUGAAGUUAAUAACUUAUCAGUAUUUCCUGUCUUCCGACCUUCAAUCGUUACUUGUCUCGGGAAAUAGAAACUGGAGUAAGUCAAUAAUUUUAUUUCAAGCUGAGUGAGGCUCUUUAGAUUGGGAGGUCCUGAUCCCGAUGAUUUUCGUCUUCAUGGGGCCCCCUUACAUUGUUGACUUCUCAGUUGCCGGAGAAGAAUGACUGCAAAACAGUUCGAUCUGACCUUCUUCAGACUCCGAAUUUUUCUGCAAGUCUUUACAUUUCAAAGAAGGUGCUGAGGGCUAUGUUUACCUGCCCUGAUUUUUCCAGUGGGAGCCGACUGCUUGAAAAAAUCCCGUUAGCCUUAGGGAAGUGCUGAGUCUGGCAUUAUAGCUUUUGACUGCUUGUUACGUGACUAUGAGUUGAAGUUAUUCAUUCAUUCAUUCUCCAUGUCUUUACUGAAUUCAUGUUCUGUGCCAGGCACUGUGCUAGUGUCCCUUUUAGCUGGAGCGUCGUUAGUCAACCCUUGUGUGACAGCAAAGUCUUUUGGGGGCGGGGUGCAGGCAGGGAGGUUAAUGACCUCCGCCUUUUCAAUGAAUAUAGUUUCUAGACCUGUUCUCUGCAAACAUCAGUAUUUCCCUCUUAUUGCAGGAUUCUGUACAAACAUGAAAGGGCAAGAAGGCUAAGUGUCCUUAUGCACAUAAGUUCCCAAACAUAUACCUGGAGCCCUCAGAACUAGAUGAUUCUAUGAAAUGAUAGGCAGCCCUGCCCUAGAUUAGGAAGAAAGAUUUCAAACCAAUCUUAGCUCUAUUCUCAAGCCACGAAGUGGUGAAAGUUGUUCUCAGCUCCUUUAUUUACACUUUGUCAAAUUUCCAGUGUACUCUCUGCACUUAAGGACCUUACCAACUUUUAGUUCUUUGGCCUCAGAACACCCCUUCAGCUGUCCUUAUUUCCUUUUUCAGAGGCACUUUGCAUUGCCUAGUGAUGAAAAGUAGGGGCUGUAGAAAGUCUGAUGAACCUAAGUUUGAAUCCUAGCCUAACCUCUUACUAGAAGUGUGAUCUGGGGAGAAGGUUUUAUUUAACCACUUUUAGCUUCAAUUUCCUCACCUGUCCAACCGGGGUAACAAUAAUGUUGACUUCAAGAGAUCGUUGGGUGGAUUCAAUGAAGGUAGGAUCCUGAAGCAUAGAGACCUUGUUCACUGUGGUACCCCCAGGGCCUAGAAGAAGGCCUGUACACAGCAGGUGCUCAAUAAAUAUUUGACUGCAUGAAUAAGUGCAUGUAAAGAAUUAAGCGCAGUGUCUGGCAGUAAGUACUCGAUAUUAUGACUUAUUGUAUUAACACAUCUUACACAUAAAGAAACUGAGGCAUGGAAGCAACUUCCCCUGGGGUUCAGAGCCGCUAAGUAGCUGCUGCAUUGUCACCACCUAAAGCCGCCUGCUCCCCAGCUGCUUGGGAAGGAGCAAAAGUAAGCAUUCCGAUCAGCGUCAAGGAACAUAUGUCCUCCUCGUAGAAAUCUGUGAAAACCCGCACUUCUGCUUUGAAUUCUAUUCUUAGCUUGAAUUCUUUCCUGGGCUGCUCCUUUCUUGCUUCAUCUUAAUAAAAAUGAGUUCCUGAAGAAAAUCCGUGUCCUGUGUAUGACCCUGUGUUAAAAGACUUCUUAAAACUUUACCCUCCAAAGAAAACAGGCAGACGUUCUCACUAAAAACCAGCAAGAACAAACAAAAAGAAAGAAAAAUCAAACAAAAACCCAAAGACAGUCUUGACU